AUUUGUUUUUUCCUUCUGUCCUUUCCUUUAUUCCUUUCUUUUUCUUUUUCUUUUUUCCUAUGUAGACCUGGAAAAGUAAAGGAAAUUAAUGGGAAACCAUACAAAAGUGACAGUGUUUAUCUUAGCAGGUUUGACUGAUGACCCACAAUUGAAAGUUGUAUUAUUUAUCUUCCUUCUUCUCACCUACUUGCUAAGCAUCACUGGCAAUUUGAUCAUCAUUACACUCACCCUGGUGGAUCCUCACCUCAAGACCCCCAUGUAUUUUUUCCUUCGGAACUUUUCCUUCUUAGAAAUUUCCUAUACUACUACAUGCAUCCCUAAUUUCCUGGUUAUGAUGGCAACUGGGGACAAAACCAUUUCCUAUAGCAGAUGUGCUGCUCAGGUAUUUUUUGUCUUCCUUCUUGGAGCAUCGGAAUUUUACUUGCUGGCAGCAAUGUCCUAUGACCGCUAUGUUGCCAUCUGUAAGCCCCUGCAUUACACAGCCAUCAUGAACAGCAAGAUCUGCAUUCAGCUUGUCCUCAGUUGUUGGAUCGCUGGGUUCUUUACCAUCUUUGUACCUCUCCUCUUAGGCCUGCAGCUCGAUUUCUGUGACUCCAACAUCGUUGAUCAUUUCUACUGUGACACAACUGCCCUCAUGCAGAUCUCCUGCUCGGACACACAUCUCAUUGAGACGGUGGGAUUCAUAUCUGCUUCAGUGACUCUGGUGGUCACGCUGGUGAUGGUGAUAAUAUCAUAUACCUAUAUUGCAUUAACGAUUCUAAAACUCCCCUCAAGUAAUCAGAGGAGAAAAGCUUUCUCAACGUGUUCUUCUCACAUGAUUGUGAUAUCCCUUUCUUAUGGCAGCUGCAUCUUCAUGUAUGUUAAACCUUCAGUCAAACAAAGAAUAUCUUUUUCCAAGGGAAUUGCACUACUCAAUACCUCUGUAGCACCACUUUUGAACCCUUUCAUCUACAGCUUACGGAACCAGCAAGUGAUAAAAGCCUUUAUGAAUUUGGUACACAGGGUUGUUUUUUUCUCGGAGAAGUGAAUAUACACUUUCACUAUAUAUGAAAGAAAAUAACAUAGGAGUCACUUAUAAUAACAGUGUAUCCAUUUGUAACUUCAAAUAGAUAUUCCCUUUUUUCCCUUUAAUUUCUAUGAUAUUCUUCAUCUUUUUAAGCUUUAUUUUCACAAAAAUCUUAGUUCCGAAGAGUUAAUUUUCUUUAUAUUCUUCAAUAGAUAUCUUGCCUCAUCUCACUUCCUUUUACUCCAGAUAUACGAACAAAAUUGAGCUAAUUUUUUUCAAUCUCUCGUUUUUGAAUUCAAAGAUUUUCCUUUAAAUUGUAUUUAACGUAACAUGCAAUGUAAACACUAUCA